CCUCCUAUAAUGGACUUUCUCCUCAGUGGGGUGGCUGCCUGUGGGGCCUGCCUCUUUACCAACCCCCUGGAGGUGGUGAAGACCCGGAUGCAGCUCCAAGGAGAGCUCCGUGCUCCUGGCACCUACACCCGUCAUUACCGUAACGUCUUCCACGCCUUCUACACCAUCGGACGGGUGGACGGGCUGGCAGCCCUGCAGCGAGGGCUUUCCCCCGCCCUCUUCUAUCAGUUUGGCUUCAACGGCAUCCGCUUGGGCACCUAUGGGAUGGCGGAAUCGGAAGGCUACAUCCACAAGCGGGAUGGACGGAUCAGCCCGCUGCGGGCCACCUUGGCAGGAGCUUUGGCUGGUGCCGCAAGUGCCAUUGUGAGCAGCCCUCUGUAUCUGGUGAAGACUCACCUCCAAGCUCAAUCAGCUUCUGAGAUUGCUGUAGGACACCAGUAUCGGCACCAGGGAAUGUUCCAUGCACUGUGUGGGAUUCACAAAGAACACGGUGUGUUGGGGCUGUGGCGUGGAGCCAUUUCUUCCGUGCCCCGAGUCAUGGUGGGUUCAUCCACGCAGCUGUCAACCUUCUCCUUUUCCAAACAAUUCUUCAACCACCUCGAGGUCUUCCCCAAAGAGAGCUGGUUGAUUGCCUUGUGCUCCGGGAUGACCAGCAGCUUCAUGGUGGCCAUCGCCAUGACACCUUUUGAUGUGGCCAGCACCCGCCUCUACAACCAACCGGUUGGACCUGACGGCCAGGGCAUGAUGUACAAAGGACUCUUGGACUGCCUGGCCAAAAUCAUCCAGACCGAGGGCUUCUGGGGCGCCUACAAAGGGGUGGGUGCUUCUUACUUCCGCAUCGGGCCCCACACGAUCCUCAGCCUUCUCUUCUGGGAUCAGAUCCGCCAAGUCAACUUCCGCUAG